AUGCCCUCAGUCAUACACCAAAGUUUCCACGUCAAUUUAAAAGCAAUGCGCUUCUUUUUUCUGUAUCCUCCAGACAAAUAUAAAACUUUAUAUCGCAUACAUACGUACAUUAUGUACUUUGUACUUGUUGUACCCAUACCCAUUCUGGAGUGUCUUUUCUUGUUUCUCCAGGAAAAUCUUCGUUUUGCCCAGUUCGCCGACAGCGUGUUUCUCCUGGCAGAAUUAGUGUGUUUCGUGCUAAAAUUGUAUCCGUUUUUGAAUAACAGCGAACGCAUUAAAAAAUGCAUACAUUAUUUCGAUUCUGCGGUUUUCGAAGUUGUAAGAAGCGAACAUGAGGAGAUUCUUAAAGAGUGUGUUAAAAUGUGUCGACGAACAUCAGCGCUUUUUUUGGCUGCAGUUACCGGAGGAUUUAUUAGUUGGUCCAGUCGACCCAUUUCUUGGAAAAAUCACGUUUUUCCGACUGAUUUGUGGCUGCCUUUUGAUGUAAAGACAGCCCCAAGGUCUUAUAUUUCUUGUACAUAUGUGUACAUUGUUAUGGGGGUGGGAUAUGGUGCGUAUACUAGUGCAGCAAUAGAUCCUUUAAUAGCAGGACUUGCAUAUCAGGCUACAUGUCAGAUAAAAAUUCUAAAGAACAAUUUACAAUUUCUUAAGGAACAAGUAAAAGACGAAUUUGGAAAAACUACGAAUUUGGAUAGUGCACGUGAGAAUGAGUUGGUGUACGAGAAAAUUCGAAAAUGUGUUAUUCAUCACAAUCUUAUACUAGAAUUUGUUAAAGAAUACGAACACUGUUUUUCGCAAAUUGCUCUCAGUCAGUUUGUAGCAGGCGUCGUCGUACUUUGUCUUUCAUGUUUGCAGCUAACUUUGGUGGAUCUUGUCAGUUUUGAUUUUUUAGCGAUGGUAAUGUAUCUUAUUGCCAUGUUAAGCGAAAGUUAUUUGUAUUGUUAUUUUGGAACCGUAUUAUAUGAAGAAAGUAAUACCAUUAUCGAUGCCAUUUAUUUGGGUAAAUGGUACGAAUACGACGUAAGAUGUCGUAAGGCGUUGAUUCUUCUAAUGGAACGAGCUAAAAGACCUAUGAUCGUUACGUGUGGGAAAAUUGUUGACAUGUCUUUGGAUACUUUCACAUUGAUAUUAAGGAGGUCGUAUUCUUUGUUGGCAGUGCUAGAAAAUUAUAAUAUAGAACUAAACUGA